AUGCUGGCUUCAACGAACCGUCUGCUCAGGCUAUUGCCAGCUAUUCUUCUCAUCAUAACUUGCUUCUUGUUCGUGUCGACACUACAACAGGGCAAUCAAGAAAAUGCUCUUGGCGAUAGUUGGUGGGCUUACAAUGAGGGCCAGAAAGAUGCUGAGAGCCCUGCGACAACAACUCCGCUAGCAUCUGAAGAGAAACCAAACCAGGACUACGAGAAGGACCUGGAUGAUAUGGAUAGGGAACUCGAGGAGUACGAACAAGAAAUGACCCGGGUCUCUGAGGAUGGUAAAGAGGAUGGUAAAGAGGAUGGUAAAGAUGAUGAAGAAGAUUACGAUGAUGAUCGAGAUGAAAUUCAAGACUUGGAUGCAGCCGGUGGCGAAGUCCCAGACUUUACACGCCUGAACAACAGCGUUCUGUAUCCUACCAAGGAUGGAGUCGACUGGGGCAAGUUUGCAUACAUACAGUAUGUCACCGAUGAGGACUACCUCUGCAACUCAGUCAUGGCUUUCGAGACACUAGAUCGUCUGCGUAGCCGGGCUGACCGUCUCAUGAUGUACCCGGGCGAGAUGCUUGCCCCGGACGCCGAAGAGUCGGACACAGUGGCUGGACAGCUUCUGAUCAAAGCGCGCGAUGAGUACAACGUCAAGUUACAGCCUAUUGAGAUCCAACGUCGAGAAGGAGACGAUUUGACGUGGGCCGAGUCUUUCACCAAGCUGCUCAUCUUCAACCAGACCCAGUACGACAGAGUUCUCUACCUCGACUCAGACGGCAUGGUUCUCCAACCCAUGGACGAACUCUUCAAGCUCCCACCCUGUCCCGUCGCAAUGCCACGCGCAUACUGGCUCUACCAAGACGAGCACCCGUCCAAGGUCCUCUCAUCGCAGCUCAUGGUCGUGCAGCCCAGCAAAGUCGAGUUCGAGCGCAUCCUGGAGAAGAUGGAGACCAUCGAAGGAAACGACUACGACAUGGAGAUAGUCAACGAGCUGUACCUCGACAGCGCUCUCGUGCUGCCGCAUCGCCAGUACAACAUGCUCUCGGCCGAGUACCGACGAGAGAACCACAGCGACUACCUCGGGUCUGACCGCGAAGAGUGGGAUCCUAUCGCUGCUUACAACGAGGCUAAGUUUGUGCACUUUUCAGACUGGCCGGUUCCGAAGCCUUGGAUUCAGGAUCUGGACUUGCGCCUGGAGCAUGAGCCGCAGUGCCAUAUGGUUAAUGAAGAGUUGAGCUGUACUGAGAGAGAGAUUUGGAACAAGUUGUACACGGAUUUUGCUGUGACGCGCAAGAGAGUGUGUAAAACCGUUGACAAGAGUAAGUUGAAGGAGGAGAAGGAAAAGGCAAAUUCCUGGGGCUUUGGCUUUAGCAGAAACUGA